CGAGAGCGGGAGUGCGGCACGGCGAGGUAUUCGCGGCCCAUGGGCGACUGGGAGCGGUGGCGCACGCGCGGCAUGGACAUUUGCUGCGAGGGGUGGUGAGUGAGCGACUGAGAGUGCGGACGACCUAUGGGGACGCCCUGUCGCUCAUGGUCGUCGCCGGUCGUGGCCUCGAGGAUCAUCUCGUCGACGCUCAUGGAGCUCUCGCGGCUGCGGCUGCGCGAGUGUGGCGAGCGACCGCGGCGGCGAGCGUGCCGCGCAUGGUGGGUCGGACGCCCGGACGCGUCGACGUAAUGGAUUUGGACCGAGUCGUCGCGGUCAGGGUGGUGGGCGCGGUAGGAAGGGGCGGGCUGGCUCGAGGCGCCGUAGUACGGGUGAAGGGCCGGGACACUCGCACUGCCAGAGUGCUGCAGAGGGACGAGGCCGGGGUCGUGACGGCCGUUCACGUAGGCAUACCGGGGCGAGGCGGAAGGCGAUACACUGUAUUGCCGCGUGCGGUCAGUCUGCUCACGCUCGCUGCGGAUGCGCUUUGCCGGGGGAGGGCCACCGGGGCCAGUGAGGCCAGCGUGGUAGGCUUCGAGGCUGCCGGAACGUGGCCUCACGCGGCUGGUGGCGUUGGGGAGGGGAGGCGGGGGGAGAGAGGGAAAGGGCGGGCGGUUGGUGCGAGGCGGGAGCGACCUCAUGGGGGGCAGGGUGUGGUGGUGGGAUGGGUGGGAGGACGGGUGGCCGGACGAGGGGCCUGCGGCGUGGACGGGGAUGAGGACGAGCUGGCCGCCGCCGUCCGCGACGAUGCGGGAGAAGGACAUGCGGGCGUCGGCAGCACGGACCUCGAUGGUGUUGAGGUAGUGGUUGAGCUCCGUCCAGGCGUCCUGGAUGACGCGGAGACGCGCCUCUGCGUCGUCGCGGGCGACCUCUGCGCGUUCGACGCGUGCCUCGGCGUCGAGGAU